GUGUGUAUAUGUGGGUAUAUAUAGUGCCGUGGUGGACCACAGAGAGCAUCAACUUUAACAACAAUGAAUCCCAUUCUCCUUCUAGGUCUCCUGACCGCGGGCUUUGCUAGUGCACAAUAUGGUUCAGAUUUCAAUGAUCUAGACGCAGGUUUUGGAGGUUAUGGCGGUGGCCCAUCCUCUUGUAAAAAAACCCAGUUCUGGAAUGGGGAAUCUUGUGCGACUCAACUGUUGUAUGGAGUGACUUGUAACCUAGCUGCUUACAAGGGUCACGUGUGCGGAAGUACCCUUACGUGUAAAACCAAGUGUAUCUGUUCCGCGGGAUAUUUCUGGAACGGAAAAAUUUGUCACAAAUAUCUAGGAAAUGGCGGAAAAUGUACCGGAUAUGUAGGAUACAAGGGACGAGUUUGCAGCGGAAAUCUCCGAUGUCUGAGCGGAAAAUGCAUCUGUAAAAAACCUCUUGUCUGGAACGGCAAGAAAUGUGCACCAAUCCCAAAACUGCCUGGGCCCGACUCUGGGUCCGAUUAUGCCCCAGCCUUUGGCGGCGGUCACCACGCGGGGUAUGGCGAUGCCCCCCGGUACAGCGCCUUCGGCUACGCUGCUGCCAAACUCGCCCUGGGUGGAUGCCCGGGCGGCUGGACCCCAUACAACAAACACUGCUACUUCUUCAGUAGAGACAGGCUCUCUUGGUGGCAAGCAGAGAUGAAAUGUGCUAGCCAAGGAGGCCAUCUUGUGAUUAUUGAUCAAGCUCACGAGAACUCAUUCAUUCGUCAGUACCUGGCCGAAUACCGAGUUAAAGGCGGCGCAUGGAUGGGUCUGAACGACUGUUUGUAUCCUAACAAACACCGAUGGAGCUGGGGCUUCAGCCAGAAGAGGUGCCACAAAUUCGAUUGGUACGGGUCGGAGCCUGUAUACCACGCCAGCGGAGACUGGAACUGUGGUGCAUUCUGGGAAACUUACCAAUACCACUGGCAUGUUGACAGCUGUGUGCAGAGAAACUACUACGUUUGCGAAAUGGCCCAGGGAAAGCCUUGUAGAUGCCAGUAUUAGACUGUGUACAGGAUUAUUUCUAUAUAAACAUAUGCAUAAAACAUCAAA